CUGACUGGCUGCAGAAUGAAGACGACUGUCAACUCCAUUUGGUUUCUCAACUUGGCAAUUGCAGACUUCAUCUUCAUGUUGUCUUCAAUCAUAGAUCUUCUCUCAUUUUUGGGCCAGUGGGACCUUUACUUCAUGAGUUACAUUCUCCAGAUCAUGUUAACACUAAAUCUGUUUGCUAGUAUUUUUUUUCUUGUAGUUAUCAGUCUGGACCAAUGCCUGUGCACAUGGAUGGUUGUUCGGGCUCAAAAUAAACGAACUUUACUUAAAGCCAGGAUCAUCUGCAUAAUUGUGUGGGUUUCAUCCAUUGGCUGCAGCAUUCCUUCCUUUGAAGACAAUAUGUCUCUGAUCACAUAUGAAUUUAUAGUGGGCUUCCUCACCCCCUUUCUGAUCAUUGCAACUUCAUACAUAGGUAUUGGAGUACGAAUCAAACACCUCAAAGGGGGAAAGCAGCUCAGGUCGUACAGAGUUAUUAUAACUGUAACUCUGGCUUUUUUCAUAUGUUGGUUUCCAUAUCAUGCUAUAAGUUUUUGUAUAAUAACUGCAGUAGAAAAUAACUGGAGUGCCAGUGAUCGACAAGUAAUUGGGACAGCAACGACUAUCAGUAUCUACCUGGUUCAUCUCAACAGCUGUCUGAACCCCAUUCUCUAUGUGUUCAUGUGUGAUGAGUAUAAGAAGAAGCUUAAACAGUCUCUGCUGCUGGUGCUGGAGACGGCUUUUGCUGAGGAUCAUCUGGAUUUUAAGGGAGAUGCAAAAGAAAGAUCAGGACAAGAAAACCCAACUGAAUUGUUAGAUAUGUAG